AUGGCCUCUACCAACACUUUUUCAGACUUUAAAUUGGCUUCUGAGCUACCAGCCUGGGCCAAAUUACAACAAAUUUACGACAAUAGGGGUAAGACUCUAAAUGUCAAGGAAGAAUUUGCCAAGGACAGCAAGCGUUUCUCCAAGUGGUCCAAGACUUUCAAGAACUAUGAUGGUUCCGAAAUUUUGUUUGAUUUCUCCAAAAACUUGGUGGACGACGAGGUGUUGGCCGCUUUGCUAGAAUUGGCCAAACAAGCCAAGGUGACUGAAUUGAGGGAUGCUAUGUUCAAAGGUGAACACAUCAAUUUCACGGAAGACCGUGCGGUUUUCCAUGUUGCCUUGAGAAACAGAGCCAACAAGCCACUAUAUGUGGACGGUACCAAUGUGGCCCCAGAGGUGGACUCUGUGUUGCAACACAUGAAAGAGUUCACGGAACAGGUACGCUCUGGUGAGUGGAAGGGUUAUACUGGUAAAAAGAUCACUGAUGUGGUUAACAUUGGUAUUGGUGGUUCCGAUCUGGGACCUGUCAUGGUCACCGAAGCUCUCAAGCAUUAUGCCGGAGACUUGAAGGCCCACUUUGUCUCCAAUAUUGACGGAACUCACAUCGCCGAAACUCUGAAGCUGUGCGAUCCAGAGACCACACUGUUCUUGAUCGCCUCCAAGACUUUCACCACUGCGGAGACGAUCACCAACGCUACCUCCGCCAAGAACUGGUUUUUGUCUAAGACUGGUGGCGACACUUCCAAUAUUGCGAAGCAUUUCGCUGCUUUGUCCACCAAUGCCCCAGAGGUUGCUAAGUUUGGCAUCGACACGAAAAACAUGUUUGGUUUUGAAAGCUGGGUCGGUGGUCGUUACUCUGUGUGGUCUGCCAUUGGUCUAUCUGUCGCUUUGUACAUUGGUUUUGACAACUUUGAGGCUUUCUUGAAAGGUGCCGAGGCCGUCGACCAGCACUUUACCGAGACUCCUCUGGAGGACAACAUUCCAUUACUUGGUGGUUUGUUAUCAGUGUGGUACAACAACUUUUAUGAUGCCCAAACUCAUUUGGUCGCCCCUUUCGACCAAUACUUGCACAGAUUCCCAGCCUACCUACAGCAGUUAUCCAUGGAAUCUAACGGUAAGAGCGUGACUCGCGGCAACGUUUUCUCCAACUACUCUACUGGUUCCAUUUUGUUUGGUGAACCAGCCACCAAUGCCCAGCACUCUUUCUUUCAACUUGUCCACCAAGGCACCAAGGUUAUCCCUGCCGAUUUCAUCCUGGCUGCCCAGUCCCACAACCCCUUGGAGAACAACUUGCACCAAAAGAUGUUGGCCUCCAACUUCUUCGCUCAGGCUGAGGCUUUGAUGGUCGGUAAGGACGAUGCUCAGGUCCAAGCCGAAGGUGCGACUGGCGGUCUUGUUCCCCACAAGGUGUUCUCGGGUAACAGACCAACCACCUCUAUUUUGGCCCAGAAGAUUACCCCUGCCGCUUUGGGUGCUUUGAUUGCUUACUACGAGCACUUGACUUUUACUGAGGGUGCCAUCUGGAACAUCAAUUCCUUUGACCAAUGGGGUGUCGAACUUGGUAAAGUCUUGGCCAAGGUUAUUGGCAAAGAAUUGGAUGGUCCAGAAGAUAUCAAGGCGCACGAUGCUUCUACCAACAGCCUAAUCAACCAGUUCAAGGCCUGGUUGUAA